UUAGGUUGAAUUAGAAGUUUAUGCUUCUUUUAAUUCUUAAAAGUGGAAAACAUAUCUGUAAGCUUUUGGUAGAGUUUAAGUCUAUUAAGUAGAUUACUAAUAUACUUAUCAGUUUUAAACAUUAACAAAUAUAUUAGACACAAGUAGAAUUUUAUAUUUAAUAAAGCAUUGAACAAUUAAAAAAGCUAGGAAACACACAAUUAAUGAAAUGAAUGCUGUUUAAAGUUAAAAUAGCUAUUUGGUUAUUGGAUACAAACUUAAAAAAUGUAAGAAUUUGAGAUUUAGAGGCCCAUUUAAUACUAAUUUGAAUAUAUGUAAGGAGUAUAGUUAUAAUUGAAGGAAAGAUUUAUUUGGUGAGGAAUUAGAGAUGGAGAGUUUGUUGAGUUUCCCAACCCCGUCCCCAAGCCAUUGGGUUGAUAGAAAAUGGUAGAAAAUUAGAAAUAUCUCAACAUGGAAAUAGUUUGUAAACAAAUGUCAAUGAAAAAAGGAAGAAAAGAAAGAAAGAAAAAGGUUGGAGGACUUGAGGAUUGUCAACCAAUGCUGGCUGAACCAACUGUAGAUGCUUAGAAACUUCAAACUCACUUCUCCACCACACUUCUGGAGGGCAAUUGUGUUUUAUGUUCAAUUUCUCUUGAUUUUUCUACAUGGAUACACUCCUAAAUUCCUUUGGUUUCAUUUCAAUCAAUCUCCCACGUCUCCUAUCAUUUUCAGUAUUUAAUUGGCAUCACAAAAAUUCAAAUUAUUGAAAAUUACUAUUUCUUUGACAAUGGAAGCUUCAGCAAUGGUCCCAGAUUGGUAACAUCUUCCUCACAAUUGCCAUUGUCAUUGCCAUUUCCAAAUCUAAAUCUCACUAUUUAUUAGAGUUUCUUUCAUAGUUACGUAAAUGGAAAACUAUUGUUUUCUUCUUAACCUGUGAUUUCUUUCUUUUCUUUUCUGUCUUAUAAAUCUCCUCACAUGGCUAUGGGAUUUUCUUUACCUUGCCUUGUGAUAUUAUUUUUCUAUGUAGCUGUUCUUUGUGUUCAAGCUUCAUUUGUCUGCCAUGGAUUCAAUAAUUCAAGUAUGCUCCUUGAUCAAGGAGCUUCUAUAGAGCCUUCUGGCUUGUUAAGACUAACCGACAGCUCCCAGUACGUUAUUGGCCGUGCCUUCUAUCCUGAGACCCAGCUGAUGUUUGAUAUAAAAUCUGAACCAGUUUCAGAUGUUUCUUCUUUCAGCACAUCUUUUGUGUUUGCGAUAGUUCCAUCAAGCUCUGGUCCACCAGUUGGGUAUGGCCUCGCCUUUGUUAUGGCUCCAUCAACCCAAUUUCCAGAUGCUGCAAGUGAACAUUACUUGGGAUUAUUCAACCCCUCCAACAAUGGUGACCCUUCGAAUCAUAUUUUUGCAGUCGAAUUUGAUACUGUUAAUGGCCACGAUGACGAAACGAAUUUUAAAGGCAACCAUGUUGGAAUCAACAAGAAUGGUGUGCGAUCAAGUGCGUCUGAAUCGGCUGAGUAUUCUGACUAUGGCUCUGAUGUGAAGACGGAGGUGUAUUUGGAUACUGGUGAUCUAAUCCAAGCUUGGAUUGAUUAUGAUGGCCGUAGUAAGGUAGUGAAUGUCACAAUAGCUCCAGCAAGUGUAAUCAGACCAACUGAGCCAUUGAUUUCAUAUCCCAUUAACUUGACUUCAGUUUUGAAUGAGAGGAUGUUUGUGGGAUUCUCUGCAUCAACUGGAAAAGAAACAAGCUUCCACUACAUUUCAGGUUGGAGUUUUGCAAUCAACGAAUCAGCACCUCAGUUAGAUGUUUCUCAACUUCCUCCACCACUGAAAGUGCAAAGUCCUCCGCCUUCAUCGCCGUCAACAUUCAAUCCUCUAGUCACUGUUGUCGUUCCAAUAUUAUCUGCCAUGACACUCAUGUUAAUUUUGUUCUUAGCCUCCAUUUUCAGAAGAAGAUUGCGAGGUGAGAACCUUGAAGAAUGGGAAAGAGAUUGUCCUCACAGAUUUAGUUACAGAGAUCUUUACAAAGCAACAAAGGGAUUUAAAGACUCCGAGCUCAUCGGAUCAGGAGGCUUUGGCUCAGUAUACAGAGGUGUCUUACCUUCCACAGGAUGUGAAAUUGCUGUAAAGAAGAUAACAAGAAAUGCGAGUCAAGGAAUGAGGGAAUUCGCUGCAGAAAUUGAAAGUUUGGGCCGACUAAGACACAAGAACUUGGUAAAUCUCCAAGGAUGGUGCAAGAAACAGAACGAUCUUCUCUUGGUUUAUGACUAUGUUCCAAACGGAAGCUUGGAUUCUCUCCUUUACCAUCCAAAAGACAACUUGGUACUGAAUUGGGAACAAAGAAUCAACAUCCUCAAAGGAGUUGCUGGUGGAUUGUUAUACUUACACGAAGAAUGGGAACAAGUCGUGAUCCAUCGAGAUGUUAAGCCAAGUAAUAUAUUGAUAGAUAUUAGCAUGAAUGCUCGACUAAGCGACUUCGGCCUUGCAAGGUUAUACGACCAUGACCAAAUAUCACAUACAACCAGCGUGGUUGGCACAAUCGGGUACAUCUCACCCGAGUUGGCUCGCACCGGAAAGGCAUCGAAAACUACAGAUGUCUUUGCCUAUGGGGUACUAAUUCUUGAAAUGGCUUGUGGAAGAAGACCUCUAGAAUCAGAUAUAUUCAUAUUGGUAGAUUGGGUAAUGGAAUGCUAUGAAAAAGGUCGUGUUCUUGAUGCAGCUGAUCCAAAGUUGAAUGGAAUUUAUGACAUGGUUGAGAUGGAAAUGGUUUUGAAACUUGGACUUCUUUGUUCCCAUUACAACCCUGAAUCUAGGCCAAGCAUGAGGCAAGUCACAAGGUUUCUUAAUGGAGAAGACCAAAUUCUUGCUUUUGAUCCUUCACCUUAUUCUCAAAUCACAUUUCAAUCAAGCUCCGGAUUCACUCAAUUUAUUCCACCUUCUUCCCGUACUUCAACCGCCAGCUUUCUCUCUUCAACUUCCAUCGAUGUAGGCAGGUAAUCAAUUGCCUCUUCUCUUCUCUUCUCCUUUACCAAGUAAAUUUGUAAACCAAAAUAAGUUUACUUCAACUAACAUCUAUAUAUAUCUAUAUAUAUAUGUAUUAUGAAGUCCAUGAUUCAAUUUUCUUAUCUUCAAUUUGUACAAAAUCAAAAAAGGGUAAAUUGUUAACAAAUUUUACCAAAAAGGAUCCUAAUGUUUUGUAGAUU